GGCGUCUGUCAGAAAGCUGAGACCGACCUCCCAACCUGGCGUCCCGGGUCCUUCGCGCCUCGCCGGGGGUCAGCACGCAAGGGCGGGCGCGGGCAGGGUGCUUUACAGCCAACAGUUGGAGCCAGUCCCCACGUGCCGGGCCCGCACUGGCGCCUCUGAGCCCUCAGAACCGGCUGGCCUUGAGCCUUCGCGAUUGGAAGUCCCCGGUUCGCAGCCUCCAGGACUGCAGCUCGAGAGGACAGCACUCCUUGGCCCUUACCUGUACCCCAAAGUCACGCUCUGCCCUGUGACGUGCAGCAUUUGAAAAGUCCCCAUACACCACUUCCACCCACGUCUGCGUUAAACUUCGUUCUUAUCCUCCUUGAGACUCCGUCCCCUUUGCCUCCAGAAGUGAUCUUUUUUCCCCAGUUCACGUAAAAAUUGAGAGUUAAAAGUUUCGGAUAUCCUGCAGAAAGAUUUCUUCUAAGACUGAGCGUCCAUUUGAUACCCCAGACAGGUUCAUGCUUACUAGAGAGCUUGUGAGCAAAGUGAAACCCAGUGCACACAGAAAACUAUGGCUGAGCACGGGGCUCACAUCACCACUGCUUCCGUGCUGGAUGACCAGCCAUCCAUCUUUGAGGUGGUAGCACAGGACAGUUUAAUGACAGCAGUGAGACCUGCUCUUCAGCAUGUGGUCAAGGUUCUUGCAGAAUCAAAUCCUGCCCGCUACGGCUUCUUUUGGAGGUGGUUUGAUGAAAUAUUUGCCUUGCUAGAUCUUCUGCUCCAGCAGCAUUAUCUGUCUAAAACCAGUGCCUCAUUUUCUGAAAACUUUUAUGGCUUAAAGCGGAUUGUAACGGAGGACACACCCAAGCUUCAGAGACUGGCCAGUGCCGGUCUCCCAAAGAAGCAGCUUUGGAAGUCAAUUAUAUUUCUGGUUCUUCUUCCAUAUCUGAAAGUGAAGCUGGAGAAGCUGGUUUCUAGCCUGAGAGAAGAGGACGAAUAUUCCAUCCAUCCCCCUUCUUCCCGCUGGAAAAAAUUUUACAGAGCCUUCCUGGCAGCCUAUCCAUUUGUUAACAUGGCCUGGGAAGGCUGGUUUCUUGUACAACAACUUCGAUACAUCCUAGGAAAAGCUCAGCAUCACUCACCAUUACUAAGGCUGGCUGGAGUUCGGCUAGGUCGACUCACGGUUCAGGAUAUGCAAGCUUUGGAGCACAAACCAGCUGAAGCCAACAUGAGGCACCAACCAGCCAGGAGUGUUAGUGAGAAGAUCAAGUCAACUCUGAAAAAGGCUGUGGGCGGUGUUGCCUUAUCUCUCUCUACUGGCCUUUCCGUGGGCGUAUUCUUCCUGCAGUUCCUCGAGUGGUGGUACUCCUCUGAAAAUCAAGAAACCAUCAGAUCAUUGACUGCCCUGCCUACCCCACCGCCGCCUGUACACCUCGACUACAAUUCUGAUUCUCCCCUGUUACCCAAAAUGAAGACUGUGUGCCCACUGUGUCGUAAAACCCGGGUGAAUGAUACUGUUCUCGCCACCUCUGGCUACGUGUUUUGUUACCGCUGUGUGUUUAAUUAUGUGAGGAGUCACCAAGCGUGUCCCAUCACAGGUUACCCAACAGAAGUACAACAUCUCAUUAAACUUUACUCCCCUGACAACUGAAAGGGAUUAGCACUGUAAGGCCACAGGGCUGGUUUUCGGCAUGGUACACAGCGCUGUUUGAUUCUUCUUAGCCUCAAUUCAUAAUUACAUGGAUUUUAAACAACUCUGUGGAUGUCUUUAAAAGAAUAUAACCAUUGAUCUUAGCCUUCUAGCCUGCUGCCUAGACCUCAACUUAGAGCUG